CAGCUUUGCAGCUAAAGCAGGUCCAGUGUAGAGAAUACAGAGCUCUACAGCUUUAGAGGAGCUUUACAGGGCUGUCCUGCUGGAAAAGGGACCAGCUCAGAGUUUUAGUGGAGCAGCUACGUGUUAUUGAGGCAGAUUACGCGUGGACAGCUCCGUGGUUCUGAAAUAGUCUGAGAGUUGAAGACAGGACGGUUUAAGUCUUGAGCUUUGGUGCUGGAAAGGGAACUAAAGAGUGGUGGACAGCUCCGUGGUAAGACAAGGCAGUUUUAGUAGAGAGUUUGUAGUGCAGAAAGUGAUCUUCGUUAGUGCUCCGUGGCUCUGAAACAGGUUCAGCACGCUUUAAAUGGGCAGCUGUAGUACUGAAAUACUACCGUAUCGCUUGUAGACUCGGUUUCAGUGCUGAAACAGACUUUGUAGACCAGUUUUAACGCACGUUGUGCGGACAGCUCCAUGGUGCUAAACCCAGUUUAGCCGCAGUUGUACCGGACAGCUCCGUGGUGCUGAAACAAACGCUCUAUCUCAGUGAAGAGCGGCUCUAUCUCUUUAGUGGACAGCUCCGUGGUGCUGAAACGAGCCCGCAGCUCUAGCGCGUUCUUUCUCUCACUGAACACAAACACAGCGAAGCAGACCCACCACAAUGGAGAGGAUCUCAUGGACACUUUUUCUGCUGUCCCUCGUUCUCCCGGAGGUCUCCAUGCAAGAUUUCGGGCAGACGCAGUUCAUCUGCACCUCAGUGCCGAAGGACAUGGACCUGUGCGCCGCCGCGAUGCAGAACAGCGGACCGGCCGAGGACCUGAAGACCACCGUGAUGCAGCUCAGGGAGACGGUGCUGCAGCAGAAGGAAACCAUCAUGAACCAGAAGGAAACCAUCCGGGAGCUGACGAGCAAACUGAACCGGUGCGAGGGCCAGAGCGCUCCGGAGCCUGGGACCGGAGGAGGGAGGAGGAAAGAGCAAGGCAAGAACACCAUGGGGGACGUUUCACGAGGCGCAAGUGACACUUUGGCUCAACUGGGGCAGACUUUGGCAACACUGAAACAAAGGCUGGAGAACUUGGAGCAGUACAGCCGGAGUAAUGGCACGGCACAGGCAAACAGCCUGAAGGAUCUGCUGCAGAACAAAAUUGACGACAUGGAGAAGCAGGUGCUGUCCCGCGUCAACACAAUGGAGGGGGGCAAACCAAGCCAGAGAAACGAUACAGAUCAGAGGAACAAAGUGGAGUCCACGCUGACCUCUCUACACCACCGCAUCACUGAUCUGGAGAAAGGACCUAAAGGUAACAAACUGCUGGACAAGUUCCAGCUGACCUUUCCUUUACGGACGAACUACAUGUACGCUAAAAUGAAACGGAGUUUGCCAGAGAUGUACGCCUUCACGCUCUGCCUGUGGAUCAAAUCUAACGCCUCCCCAGGGGUGGGCACGCCCUUCUCCUACGCUGUCCCGGGACAGGCUAACGAGCUGGUGCUGAUAGAGUGGGGGAACAACCCCAUGGAGAUCCUCAUCAAUGACAAGGUGGCCAAACUGCCUUUCCUCAUCAACGAUGGGAAAUGGCACCACAUGUGCAUCACAUGGACCACGCGGGAUGGAGUGUGGGAGGCGUUUCAGGACGGAGUCCUCCGCGGGAAUGGAGAGAACCUGGCUCCAUAUCACCCCAUCAAACCACACGGAGUGCUGGUGUUAGGCCAAGAGCAGGACACUCUGGGUGGAGGCUUUGACGCCACACAGGCGUUCGUAGGAGAGCUGGCCAACUUCAACAUCUGGGACAAGAAAUUGUCGUCCUCUGAGAUUUACAGCCUGGCCACCUGUAACAGCAGAGCACCGUCCGGCAACGUGCUGUCCUGGUCUGAGACCAACAUCGAAGUGUUCGGUGGAGCCACCAAGUGGACUUUCGAGCCUUGCCGUCAGCUCAACUGAACUGCAGCCUGAGAGAGAAAGAAAGAAAAGAAAACAAAACAAAAAACAACAAAAGGCCAUCAGAGACUCCUUGCUCUUGUCUUUCUUGUCUUCAUUUUGACGUUAACAACAACAACAAUAAAAAAGAGAACAGUCCUUUAAUAAGUUACUAAGUUGAAUAAGAGUUAAGCAAGGAUUUCUAUGAAUACUUAUGAAUAUUUAUGUGCGAAAUUAAAAAAAGUCAUCGUUCGUUGUUGGAAAGCACAGUGAGACAGUGUUGCUGUUGGUUGCUUUUUUUUGUAAAAAAAAAUCAGAGAUUUUGUUUUUUUUUUCCUUUCUUGCAAUUGCACUCAUUCACUUUUUUCCUUUGCGUCCAAAAAGUGGACUUGCGACUCGUCCUGAGAGCGAAGCUGCAGGUCUCGUGCCUGUUUGGCUUGGAUUCCUGGGUUAGGACUUUUAUUUUUGAAGGCGAGAAUCGGACUAAUCGGGACAGUCCAAAGAACAUCUCAAGGUCAAUGUUUGGUCUGAAGGCCGGUCAGUUCCUCUUCUAUCCACCAUCUCCAGGUUCUACAGACAUUCAAGGACGCCAUUCAAAUGGCCAACGUGUUUAGAGAAAGCCUGAGUGCCUUGGGCUGGAGCGCUGACUCAGCACACGCACUUUUCCAUCCGCUUUAGCCAUCCUGCCACUUUAUCUCUCCGCUUUCACUGGCCACUUCUUGUUUCUGAGUAAAUGUGUUAAAACAGCGAUUUGUUCAGGUCCUGGCAGGUGUUUGUACUCUGUAAUAGGAAUGUUAACUGUAUUGUAACAGCAUGAAUGACCAAAAUGCUGCAACAAACAAUGGCAUCGUCGACAUCCGCUUUUACUAUUACUAUGGUUCGGGUCGGGUUUUUUCUACUGUAUUGUUAUAUGCUGAAAGCAUGGCACCACUGAGAGAUGAUAAAAGAUAUAAUUUUUGUAAUAAAAUUGUGAUAUCUAAUGAAAAUCUA